AUGUCGUCAGAAAAGCAAGAGGCCUCUACCAAGGAAUCGGAAGUCAACUCUUCUUCCGCAAACGCGGUUCUCUUUGGCCCGGUCCAGCAAUAUGGUCAAGUCUCCUACCUGCAUCCUGGGCAGUAUGCUUCGAAUACCGGUUUCACGAGAGCCUUCAGAGGGCACAUCACGACCACAGUCCACGGAGUUGAAACAAUUAUGCCGACCCACGAGUAUCUGAGCCAUUCUCAGGAGACGCGCUCGGCGAUUCUCAACCCCAGACUUCGCCUGGAUUCCGGCUACUAUCCCAACCCUAUUCUGCCACCGCCUGACGCUCCUCCUCCACCUCCCCCGAUCGACAUUACCACUGGGAAGCCAAAGUCGGAGCCUUCCAAGGCGGGUUCUGAGGCUGGCACCGCAGAGAAGAGAUGCCCUCAAUGCCACCAUGCAAGUACUCCGGCGCUGACAGACGGCGUUUGGAUCUGUUCGGGCUGUCUUCAGGGUCACAAGUUCGUACUGGCUAACAAUUGCGAAAAGCGUUACUAG